ACGUUAGCAUAACAAAAUAAUGUAAAUGUCAAAAUUGUCAGCAAUGCAAAUAUUCAAUACGCAUUUAAAUAUAAUGUUAAAUUAAGGAAUAAAGCAAUGGGUAACGCAGGGAGUGGUAGCGGGCAAAGGGAACGGCAAAAAUUGGGGGAAACGGUGCCGUCUUCGCCUUCAAAGGAAGGACAGGCGUUCACAUUUGACAAAAAACCUGACAAAAUUCAAUUUCAAGGUUCCCAAGAGGACGAGGAGCCCUAUUUCACGAAACCUGUGAACAAUGUCGAGACCAGGAGGCCCAGAGCAAACACUGGAAUAAAAGAGCCAUCCGCAUUGAGGUUUAAGUUCGAGAGUAUUCAAGUAUUACUUUCAGAGGGGACAACGACGAAAAGUUCGAUUUCAGACAAGACUCCGACAGUAUUUCGAUGGGAGGGCGGCGGGAAAGACGUAAUGAUAAGCGGCACCUUUUCGAAUUGGGAGACGUUACCGAUGGUGAAAAGUCACGGCGAUUUCGUGACGAUCAUCGACUUGCCCGAGGGCGAGCACCAGUACAAGUAUUUCGUCGACGGCGAAUGGAAAAACGACCCGGGCAACAAGACCGUCGAGGACACGCCCGGCCUGAAGAACAACAUGAUUUCCGUGAAAAAAUCGGACUUCGAGGUUUUCCAGGCGCUGGAUAAGGACAGUGAGAAUGCCACCAGCGAUGCGCAGAAGGAGUUCGGCCAGGAAGUCCCUCCCAACAAUAAACCUUGGGAGAAAGUCUCCGGGCCCCCCAUUUUACCGCCCCACUUGCUUCAAGUCAUCCUCAACAAAGAUACGCCUCUAUCUUGUGAGCCCACUCUAUUGCCAGAACCAAACCACGUAAUGUUAAACCAUCUAUAUGCACUCUCCAUUAAAGAUGGAGUUAUGGUUUUAAGUGCCACCCAUAGAUACCGCAAAAAGUAUGUGACCACCUUAUUAUAUAAGCCUAUUUAAUAAUAAUAAUAUAAAUCCUAAUUAUAUUUAUUAUUUUUAUUACUAGUGUUAGUUGGCGGAACAUUAACAAUUUGUGAUUAUUUUAUUGUAAAUACUACUAAUUUUAUAUUUGAAAAACCUGCAGUUUUAGUUUUUAUUAAAUUUUAUGCUAAAAUAAAUGUAUUAAUUUCGAGUUUUUAGUCUUUAUCAACCUCUUAUACAUACAAAAAAACAUCAUCUUAUUUUCAUCAUUUUAUUACAAAAUCCAUCACAAAAUUAUAGCUAAUAUCUUCUCUUCUGUGUGCUUAUGUAGAGAACGUUGUUUCCACGAAUAAAAGCAUCCCCAAAUUUGUUUUUUAACUGUCCAUUCACGUACUCUUCAGUCUGUUCGAGGGCUAUGUUCAUGUAUCCAUCCAAACAAGCCAGAACUCCUCUGUAAUCCACGCCACUGUUUAAUUUUACCACGACCGGUCUGGCGUGAAUUUGCUGGAUGAACGAGGAAAGCGCUUCUUUUCUGCUCAUUUUUAUGUUCGAUUUGUCUUACACACAAAUAUCUGACAGUUGUGCUUAGUUUUGAGGUUAGAAUUCGUUGAUGUGCAGGUUAGCCAACGUGAUAGAUCUAAGCGGGAAAUUUGAAACUUUGCGAAUAUUUAGAAAUCUUGAUGAAAAUCAGUAUUUAAAACAUUACUAAAACUUCCACAUU